AUGGAGUCGGCAGUUGAAGAGGCAUUUGAGGUGCAAGUAUUGCAACCUUUUCAUGGCUGGAAACUCGAGCGUUUCUGCGAUCGUAGCGGUAAUACGUACGAGGAGCUUACACGUGCUGCAUUACGAGUCUUGGGUCGUGACGACCGUUUAAAUGGUAUCGAAGAAAUGCCUUUACUUGAAGUGGGUGUAUUGCAUUCACCUGAUUGGCUGUGGAGUCAUGCUUGGAUGGCUGAUAGUGAAUAUACACAAUGUGAUGAGGAAGGAUGGACCUACGGCUCGUCUAUUGAACGGAUUAAUUGUCGUUUGGCUGAAGGAACAAGUAAAAUCAAACGAGGUUGUUAUCACUUUUUAAGACGAAGACGAUGGAUACGCACUCGAGUUCGGACGCCCUUGUCUACGGAAGGAGCUGCACUCACUAUGAAGAACAGCGUAGCACUGUCACGGAGCUCCGAGGACCAUGAUAUUUGUGAAUCAAAAUUGUUGGAGAGUUUAGUAAAAACACAUCGGUACUAUCUCGUGUAUCGAGACUCUCUCAAGGCAUAUUUUCAGCUAGGAUCAACGAAACGACCGUUGAAUUUCGUGCAUGUGGACUUUACAGAUGAUGAUAUUCAGAAGGAAGGAUGGUUGGGUGUUAGAGGCUCACUGUCACGUAAGUGGAAGCUACGCUAUUUCUUGUUACGAUGGGAUUCAUGCAGUCUUGUAUGCUUGAGAGAUCGAGCGUCGAUGGUACAGGUGAGCGAAGAGCUUAUUGAUCGACACACGACGUUGUUGGUCGAGGAAGAGACCAAGCCACGUCAGUUCCACUUUUGUAUAUGUAAUGGAGAGCAUACACUACGAUUGAAUGCUGUGGAUGGCACAUCACGCGCUUCCUGGAUCUCAGCGCUUAGUGAGAUGAUUGUUCGUAGUCGAGCGUCGUUUUUUGCAGCGGACGAGUCUGAAAGCAGCUCAAGAAGUCGAAGCUUUCGACGUGUGCGCUCGUCGGUGGAGGAAGACGGUUUGAUCGUCAGUGCCUCGACGAUUAACGAGGUGAAUGGAGAAAGCAAUGGCACCAAACAAAAGCACACUCGUGAUGCUUGGAAACCAUACAAGUUUAUUUCAUCAACGAUGCAGUCGAAAUGCAAAACGGACGCGAGGUGUCGUCGUGACUAUGCGAAGCAGUUCAGUGAAGCUCUUCAUGAAAGAAUUGAGAUGGCUAUUGCAUUCAUAUCCGAGAAUAUUGAUAUUUUGGAGGAAAAUUUAUGUACCGCGCAGGAGCUCUUACCAUCGAUAUGGCCCUGUGUGCCUAUGAAAGAGAUUCGGAGACUACGAAUAGAAACACAUGCAUCUAUCACAGCGUUUCAGGAUGACGCAAAUGCAUUGCUGAGUUCGGGUCAGACCAGUGUUCUUGAGUGUAACAAGCUGUUGAAAGAGCUGUAUUUGUUAGUCCGUCGACUACAGGAAAGUGUCAUAUCCCUUGCCCCAUCCCAGGAACACGCAACCAUCAAGAAGAUUGUAGCCGAUUCUCCAUCCAAGCGCCGAAUUCCGCUUGAUUGGUUUACGGAAGGCGUUUCCGCGGAGAAGGGGCUGCAGCCAACUAGUCUAAAUGAAGAGAGUUAUUUGUCUACAGCCACGUCAGACUCAUUUGUUGGGAAGCUGGAGUCGUCAUAUACAUCGGGAUCUUCGCUUGAGAUGAAGAGACCAAAUUCUCUUAGUUUAUCGAGGCAUGACAAGCGAAGUUUAUCUGUCCCAGAAUCAAAUCGCUCGAGCAGUACUGCGACCAGCUGCUACGGUCACGGCUUGCACUUUUCCGACACGAUUAGGAUAAAGCCGUACACCGAGAUGCCAGCAGCAUUGCGUGAUGGUCAUUUCGAGCUCCCCGAAGGUGUUAAUGGAUUCGUCGUAAAGGUUCAUGACAAAGACGUCGGCUCUUUAAUCGGAUACACCCUUUGCUCGACAGCGUACAUCAAGCAGCUGGAGGCGCAUUUUGAUGAAAAGGUGAAUAUUGCGGAAGAAUUGCUUGCUGCUGAAAGCACGAGAAGCAGUGAAGUAUCUGCGCCACCGCCGCCUUCAAGUGAGGAGGAGCUUCCUGUGGUUACCACACCAACAAAUGAUACUAAGUAUACGCGCUCAUGCGCCUCGACUACUACAGCCUCCGACGAGAAGAGAACGAUUUAUUUAAGCAAGUUGCGCUCGGCAGACUUGCAACAUACUUCUAUGAAGUUUUCGUAUGCGGUUGGUUCGACAAAUCACGAGUUUUGCUGCGUGGCAUACUUUGCUGCGCAGUUCCACGCGCUGCGUGCGCUAACUGUUCCGGGGAACGCGGAGUUUCUGAACUCCAUUGUUGAGAGCAAGCGGUGGGAUACGAGUGGAGGUAAAUCUGGCGCAUUCUUUUCGAUGACUCAUGACAAACGUUACGUGCUGAAGGGUAUAUCGGUGACUGAGUUCAACAUGUUUGUUCAUAUGGCUCCAAAGUAUAUUAAGUUUAUUUCGCGAGUGGUGGAGGUUCCAGCGCCGACAGUCAUUACAAAGAUCGUUGGUCUGUUCAAGCUUAGCCAUAGUCGACGUUUACUGAGGCACACGGAAUACGUGGUGAUCAUGGAGAACUUUUCGUAUGGAUUUCCCCCGGGACAAAUGUAUGAUCUUAAGGGAAUUCUUCGCCGUCGAUACAAUGCAUCUAACAGCGAUGACAAGGACCAUCAUGCAUCAUUCAACAGCGUAUCGAACGUUCAAGUUUCCAUGAAUCUGCCAGUAUUGCUGGAUGGCAACUUUUCGGAGCGUAUCCCCGUGCCUGUGUCGCAGCCAGAUCUGGAGAUCAUUGAGACUGCCAUUCAGAACGACACUGGCUUCCUGUAUCGUGCAGGUGUCAUCGAUUACUCACUGUUGCUUCGCUUCGAUGAAGACAAGCGGCAAGUUGUUGUAGGACUCAUCGACUAUUUGCAUCAGUUUGAUUUUUUAAAGAAGAUGGAGUCGACUUCAAAGGCAAGCUUCACUUUCCGUGAUCCGACAGUGAUCAGUCCGAUCUCUUACCGCCGUCGAUUUAUGAAUGCCAUAAGCCGUUAUUUUGUUGGAAUUGAGAAGGAGCUUGAGAUUCGGAUGCGCAAACGCUGUGGAUUCAAAUUGAAGUCCGACAUGCCGCGUUUAAGCCCCGCUCUGACUGUUUCAUCUGCAGUGGUGACUGCCGGUAUCCUCAGCACAUCAACUGUAACCGCUGCCCACAAGCUGCGGGCAGACGAAGAAAAGCACGCAAAUGUUGCGGCACGGCUGGUCGACAAUAUGUCCCUUAUAAGCGAGUCUUCACUCAUCUCCGAGCCAUCUCCAGCUAAAUCGGAAUGUCACUUGUCUACACUCGAUAGCGACUGGACAAGCAUGAAACCGCGAGGGCACUCGAUAUCGCACGUGUCGGAUUAUGAAGUUUACUGCGGCCGCGUCUCGCGAAGCGAUUUCGAUUACAACAGUUCGCCAUGCUCUUCGUACGAAUCGGUCACGAAAUACUCGGCUUCUUCACACAAUAACAAUGUGAUUCUGGAGGAGCACUGUUCCUGA